GUUAUAGCAGAGUUAGUGUGUGUUUUAAUGUUCUACAGUGAGGAUGCUCCGUUCCGCUCUGCUCCGUUCCGUUCCGGGUGUUAAAUAAAACCCGCCCCCGGUUUAAAGCAGUGGUAAACAGCGCGCGCAGGUCACAUCACAGUACUUUACUCUCACGAGCUCGCGGUGCUCCGGUGUGACCAGGAUGGAGCCCGAGCCGCGAGCGCGUUGUGAGCCUCCGGAAUAAAAGCUCUCGGGAUCCGCGGGUGGAAAUUAUAUAGAUUCAUUUUCUUUGUAAAAGAGAAUAAACUUGUGAACUUCCGGUGGGAUUUUUAUACUUCAGGCACGCGCUGGUGUGUAAAGUCACUAAUCUUAUCAGUAACAUGCCGUUCGCCAAGAGGACGGUGGAGCCACAGCGGCUGUGCAGGAGCGCGUCUCCGCCCGCGCUGACGGAGGACCUGCGCGCGCUCAGUAACGCCGCUCUGUCCCGCACCGUGCGCCAGCUGUCGGACGUCGCGCGGCACGCGGACUCGCUGUUUCACGAGCUGGAGCGCGAGCUGGCGUCCACUGACCGGCGGCUGCGGGACCUGCGGGAGAAAGUGCGGCGUGUGGAGAGGAGCACCGGGGAGCUGGACCACAGACAGGAGGCAGUGCCUGUAUCGAGUCUGGAUGUUGAGAGUAAACUCAGUGAACAUUUCCAGUCUGUUUGGCAGCUGCAGAGAAACGCCUUCGUCCCCUCGAGUCGGCCGCCGUGUGUUGAGGAGCUUCACCACAACGCUAAACAGAGCCUGAGCGCUUUACACCGAGAUCAGCAGCAGAGACAGGAUGUCAGUGAACGAGAGCGGAGGGUAACCCUCUUGAUAGCCCCGCCCACACCCACUUCUCCCUCCCACCAGAAACUUCAUACGUUUGAAAGUGUUCGAUCGUCUUCCCCUACUGAAUGUUGCCACUUCUCUCGAUGGAGCAGACAGGUGGACUCCGAUCCUGAUUACGUGUCUUUAGGUCACAGAUCUAAGUUCCCGAUUCCCAACAUUCCCUCUCCGCUGGACACACAGACCAACUGGAGUGUCACUCUGCCGUUACCGACUCCUGAGGACAGAAUGAAGAGCCAAUCACAGGCCAUCGUGUCCUGCGUUGUGCCCAUUGAUGUCACAGGGGCCGGGUUCGACAGAGACGCCAGUGUUCGCUGCUCGCUAGUCUACUCACAGUCAGUGCUACAGAGGAGACGGAAACUAAGAAGAAGGAAAACUAUCACGGGCAUUCCCAGACCAGUGUGUCAAGACUUAGACUCUGAUGAGUCAGCCGUGGCUAGCGAGCAGACUGUCCUAGUGCACUCCAGCCCUGAAACUUGCCAGAAGGACCUCACACUCACUUGUCUCAACACCAGGGACUCUGGCUGCCAGACGGAAGACUUCCUGAUUGCUGUUGUAGCACCAUCUCGCAGACGGAUCAGAGCUCAGAGGGGUCAGAGUGCGACUUUUCCACUUUCCCAUUCCACAGGAAACAUACCAUCCCUGCCAGACAGUUCAGAUACCAUGUUCCAUGCCACCUCCAUCAGCUCCCAUUUGCGCUCACAAAGCCUUCCUCGAGAAGGCACGCGAUUAUUCGACAAAGUCCAAAUCCUUAGUGAUAAUGAUGAAGAAGAAGACAGAGAUCUUUCAUCAUUCGAAGGAGAAAAAUUCCUUCUGGUACCAGGAGAGGACAUGCUAAAAGAUGAAGAGAGCACUGAUGACCAGGUACAGAUAGACACACAGCUAGGAAGCUUUAACCAGCAUCCUGAGAGCCCAGAGCAUGUGUGGAUGCAGAGAGGUAGGUCCUGUCUGCCUUGUAAAACUGAUGAGAUGUCGUCGAGUUCUGACACUUUCAGCAGCCCUAUUCACUCCAAUGCUGGAGUUCUAGCCAGCCAGCUGGACCACCGGGAGGACCACCAGUCUUCCAGUGGAAACUGGAGUGGCAGCAGUUCCACAUGUCCAUCACAGACAUCAGAGACGAUUCCUCCUGCUGCCUCACCACCACUGACACACUGUGACUCGGAACUGUCUCUAAACACAGCGCUUAACAUCACCGAAGAGUCUGCUGAGCCGUACUCCGGAGGCAGCCUGCAAGGUAUAGGGGGUCACCGAACAGGAUCAUUUGCUUCCACUGUAACUGAAAUGCUUGAUGAUGCUGGAGUUAGCAAUGCAAAUGAAGCUGAGUGGAGCUAUCCUCAACAUAAGGACAACAGGUCCUGUCUCAACUUCAGCCUUGAACACUCUAGGGAUGGGGAGUCCUGCCUUGAGUGCCCCAGUUUUGUUAGCAUAGCCACGAUUGAUAGCUUAGAUAAGCCUCCGUCUGACAAGGCUGACACGACAUCAUACUUCUCUGUGGAUGCCGAGGGCUACUUUACCUCCAUGCACUUUGACUGUGGUCUUAAAGGUAGUAAAAGUUUCACAUACAACUAUGCAUCUGUCGACCAGCCAAAGGAAGAGUACAAAGGUCAUGCAUCAAACGGAAGACACCGUCAUUCUCUAAGGAAGCCAAAAGUGAAGCCAUCGCCUCCAGAACGCUGCUCAUCAUUAAAAAAAACGAGCAGUCAUGAUGGAUUAGCUCCUGAAACAAGUAAACCAAAGAUAACGAAUGAGCAGAACUUACCAGUGUCUUCCAACGACAGGGAUUUUCUAUUGGCAGCAAGUGACCCCUCUGACCAGCCAGAGGGUGAGCAGAUGUUGGAGGCCUCGGAUGGGCAAAUUUCUAAUCAGAUUCCAGAUGUGGCUUUGCUUGGCUCCACAGACAAACAGUCCGUAAAGAACAAUGUAUCUGUGAAGUCAGACUAUGCAGAUCCCUGGCUUGUGAAUGCCUUAAAGUCCAAUGAUACUUAUGCAACUUUGUCAAAUUCCAGCACUGCUACCGGGACCACAGUCAGUGAAUGCAGGAGAUCACAAGAGAGCUUAGAGUCACAGUCUGGCUCGAGGGCAACCACUCCUUCACUGCCACCUGGGGAAUCUGAAUUUCGACUGCCCUCACCAGAGAAGUUGGUAAAUCUAGCCUCCCCUUCCAGUGGCUAUUCAAGCCAGUCUGAAACACCAACAUCUUCAUCUGCUUUUUUUCCAAACCCUAAUGCUUUGUCCCCCACUGGUGGAAAAAGAAAACCAAAAGUCCCAGAGAGAAAGUCCUCCCUCACUUCAGUGCAGAAGCGCACAUCCAAAAAGGACCUUGAGCUACCCAUUAUACCCCCUACUCACCUCAACCUAAGUGCCUUUCACAAUGGCAAGAAGCCUUUUACCCCAAGAAACCACAUCCGUAUCCUUAACGACAGCAAAUACAAAGUGGCGGUGGCUGAAAAUGUUGAAUCUGGCAACACCGUUCCUUUAGAAAUCACCCCCAUGAUGCUUCAUUCUGUCCAGCUACGUUCAGUUAGCAAACCUGAUGAAGAAAACCACAAUCUGCUUUGCACAGAUGCUUCCACUAGACCCAAGAGACCCACCAUAAGCAAACUCAACGAGACCAGGAAGCCUCCACCUUAUAGACUCCUCACCAGUGAAUUCCUGUCUCAAGAUAACUGUGAACCAUUGUUUACUCCUACAGAUGAACAGGAGUUUGUGUCUAAACCGAGGAUUUCCUUUACAAGAAACAGAUUCGACAGGAUAGCUCCGACACAUCUUUGGAGCGUGAACACUUUCAGUUCAUCUUCUGAACAAGUGAGCAGAGAUAAUAUGAUGGCAGACAUAUCAAAGGGUCAAAAGUUACCCGCUGAACCAGAAGAACCUUUCCCUCAGAUCAGUAUGGGAACAGAGAAGGACCAGGAAGUGACUCUUGAGGCAACAGAAGAAAACCCCAAAACAGAAUCGCCACCUGAUCAUGAUGUUAGAAUCCCUACAAGAUCUGAGAAAUUUGAUCAAGUGCCUGACUUAAUCCUUCACUCAUCUCAAGAUUCAUCAGACAUUGAUCCAAUUAGCAAUAACAGCAAUCAUGGAGAGGAAUCCGUAUCAUCAGGUGGUGUAACCAGAAGUGCCUCACAGGAAACCGUAGGUGAAGCGUCUACACCCGAUACAGAGGAUUACUUCAGCAAAGAAUCAACAACUAGUGAUCCAGUAGUGUCCCCUUUAACCGACGAAUCAACAACCGAGGACGACAGUGUUUUCCUUUCCCCUAGUAAAGCUCGUACAACCGAGGAUCUCUUCGCCAUGAUCCACAGGUCAAAAAGGAAAGUCCUUGGCCGAAAGGACUCAAAAGGAGAUUCGGCCGUUCGGACUUCCUUGGGUGCUUCUCCUGCCACGUCCCCGAGUGCGCCAGUUACACCAAGCUCCCUACGAGCGCCGAGCCAAAUAUACAGGAGUGUCAAAAAGUCGAACACUUCCAAUGAGGAAUUCAAACAGCUUCUUCUUAAAAGAGGAAGUCGCUCUGAUUCCAGCUAUCGCAUAUCAGCUACUGAGAUCCUAAAAAGUCCCAUUGCAUCAAGAACAUUCGGUGACACCCUGUCAGAAGAUGCAAAGCAUCCUGAAGGUUUCCCUUCGCCAUUCCAGCCGCACUCUCCGGAGAAAUCGGUCGAGGUUCUUCAUAGCCCCUACCCGAAAGCCAACGUCGAGGGGUUCUCCACAAAAGUCUUUAGUUCUUCCAGAUCAGGUCGUUCAAGGUUACCACCAGCCUCAAACAGCAGUCGUUACAGCACACGCAGUCGGCUGUUCACGACACCCAUGCAGGCGAUUUCUGAAGGGGAAACGGAAAAUUCGGAUGGAAGUCCACAUGAUGACCGUUCCUCUUAAACAAAGAAUGCGUCUUCUGCCAGUGUUUAUAAAAAAAAAAAAAAAAACACAAUCAAAAUUUCUAAAGCUGUUUGUUUUUUUUAAAGAUUGAUUAAGUGGAUUUAGACUUAAGAGUUGCUGCCCUUUUGUAGCCCAUUUGAAAAAAAAAGUUUACAACUCAUGAAAUCGUCAACAUACUGUAUAUGUAGCGGACUUUUGUCGUACUAUUAGCGUUAUGCAGAAAAGCUCGUUUUAAAAAUGUUAUUAUUGCAUUUUAUUUGGGCAAUAACUGUGAAAUUAAUAUAAAAAUGUCCAUGAUUGAGAAACAUAGGACAAUCAGAUAGUGGCCUUUUACACUGUUGUAGCAAUGAGUCGAUUUUCCGAACAAAUAUUUUAUAGCGUGUCAGAAGAUCAAUCUGAAUUUAGCUUGAAACGACCCUCAUCCGGCGGAAUCGUUCUGCGGGUUAACUCUCGCUUUAUAUUUGCACUUCUCACAAAUGGUCAUAUUACGCAAAAUAAAAUAUGCAAAAAUAUCUUAAGUAAUGAUAUGGGAUUAAUCCCUUUUAGUGGUAAGAAAAAUAUCAUGUGAUCGUUUGUAUAUUAGAUGAGUGCGUCUGAUCAGUUUGAAGAUCUUCAACACCUUUGACCAUUAAAGAAACGAAAGGAAAAAACAAACUGAGGUGUAGUGAGGGGGUCACGGUGGCUUAGUGGUUCGUAUGUUUGCCUCACACCUCCAGGUUCGGGGGUUCGAUUCCCACCUCCCCGUGCCUCUGGGGUUUCCUCC